AUGGUCGUGGUGGUUCUAGUGUUGCGGAUGAAGUUCUACCGUCACCAGUUGGUAUCAUCUUUUGGACGAAGUUCUAAUAAAGACUCUGUAGAUUGUGUGACGCGUGAACAUUUGCUUUGUGUCUUCUUUUAACAUCACAAGCCUUACUCCGCCAAUAUCAUGGCGUUUAUUCGAUGGGGCAUCAUUCUGCUGUACUGCAUCAUCACCUUCGUGCUGGAAGGAUUCGCCGAGGCUCGGACAAUCGUUGACACGGAUCGUGCAAUGUUUCAUCAAUCGCUAGAUGGACUUCAACUGCAUGGAAAUCAAUUCUUACGAGGUGUGCCGUGUGAGGCCGCCUGUGAACAUUGUGGCUGUAAGGGAAUAUAUCUGGGCGAAAAGUGCAUCUGUUCCUGUGCCAACGACGACAAGGAAACAACAAAUUGUUUGUCUGCAAUCCGGAAAAAUGAGCUGAAAGCUGGCAUUGACAACGACAUUCUGAUUCUGACACGCACCGGAGGCAGAUUUGCACGUGACAUACGGCAAGUGGCAGCACUAAGGGCGCGCAUGGGUCGCGGAGCGUCUGCUGGCUGGAAUACGAAGCGUUAUGAAUUACGGGUGCGAAAUGAAAAGGAGAGCAAAUUAAAUAAAUAUGUUCAGUGA